AUGGAAACUAUUGCACUCAUAGAGGGCUGUAGCUCUGUUUUGACAAAUGAGUUGCCCCCUAAAAUGAAAGAUCCUAGGAGCUUUACUAUCCCAUGUUCUAUUAACAACCAUUAUUUGGGCAAGGCCUUAUACGGUUUGAGAGCUAGCAUCAACUUAAUGCCAUUAUCUAGUUUUAAAAAGUUGGGAAUUGGUCCCAUCAAACCUACUACAAUGACAUUGCAACUAGCUGAUCGAUCUUUAGCUCAACCUGAAGGGAAAAUUAAAGAUGUCUUAGUUCGUGUGGAUAAAUUCAUUUUUCUAGCUAAUUUUAUCAUACUUGACUGUGAGGCAGACAUUGAGGUUCCCAUAAUAUUGGGACGAUCAUUUUUAGCCACCGGACAAACUCUUAUUGAUGUUUACAAAGAAUUCAACGAACAAAGCACAAUACUUUUUGAGGAGUUUGUAGUGACUUCUGAUGAUGAAUUUAUAGAUGAUUGUGACAGUAUGGUUGAAGCUAAUAAUAUUAAACUGAAGUAUGGAUGGAAGAUCAAAUCCUUAGACUUAGAUAACAGAACACCUCCAAUUUUCAAACCAUCUAUUGAUGAAGCUCUUACUCUGGAAUUGAAAUCAUUACCUACUCAUCUUAAAUAUGUAUUUCUUAGUGAUAACAUUACUCUCCCCGUUAUUGUCUCCGCAACGUUAGAUGUAACUCAAGAAGAGAAAUUGGUCCAUAUUCUUAAGCAACAUAAAUGA